GAUCUAUACAACAUAGUCAAGCCAACAAGCUCUCAUCUUAAGAUGUAUUCUCCAGAUUUCGUUGUUCCAUUCUUGCUAGCUGAGGUGCCAUUCAUUUUUCUUCUUACCAGUGGUUGAAGAAUUUUAUCUCAUAUUGGUUAAACAUAAAGUAAUAAGCUAACAUGGUAACAAUAAUAAUGGUAUGACAGACCAUAAUUCUCAAAGGAAAUCUACAAGGGUAAGAUCCUUACCUAUUCAUUUGAAGGAUUACAACUAUAAACUGCCUGACUCUCUUAAUGCAGGUAAAUCCGCACUUUGUUGUAACUUGGUAAGGUAUCCUAUUCAAAAUCAUAUAACAUAUGCAAGAUUAAGUUCUUCUCACAAUUGUUUUACUGCUGCACUUUCAAAAAUUUCUGAACCAAAAACUUUUAAGCAAGCUGUCAAAAUCCCUGAAUGGCAAGCUGCUAUGAACAAUGAAAUUCAAGCACUUGAGAAAAAUGAUACCUGGAUUUUAGUCAACUUACCUCCUAACAAGCAUUGUAUAGGUUGCAAAUGGGUUUUUAAAACAAAACUAAAAUCCGAUGGUUCUUUAGAUAGAUAUAAAGCUAGAUUAGUUGCUAAAGGCUAUACACAAGAAGAAGGGCUGGACUAUUUUGAUACUUUUUCACCUGUAGUUAAACUAACAACUGUUAGAAUACUUUUAGCCAUUGCUAGUGCUAAAAACUGGUUUUUGCAUCAAUUAGAUGUGAAUAAUGCCUUUUUACAUGGAGAUUUAUAUGAAGAAAUAUAUAUGCAACCUCCUCCAGGUUACCUAUCUUCUAAUGAUAAUAGAGUUUGCAAACUUACCAAAAGCCUAUAUGGAUUAAAACAAGCUUCUAGGCAAUGGUUUUGUAAGCUAUCUGAAUCUCUUCAACAUUUUGGUUAUACACAAUCAAAAGCAGAUUCUUCUUUGUUCACCAAAACCAAUGGUAAUUCUUUUACUGUUUUAUUACUUUAUGUUGAUGAUCUUAUUCUUGCAGGUAAUAACAUUGAUGAAAUUUCUGCUGUUAAAACCUUUUUACACAAAAAAUUUACUAUAAAAGAUCUUGGUGAUUUGAAAUAUAUUUUAGGAAUUGAAAUAGCUAGGUCUGCUAAAGGUAUAUGUCUAUGUCAAAGAAAAUAUACUUUAGACAUUUUAUCUGAAACUGGCUAUCUUAAUUCAAAACCUUACACCACUCCCAUGGAUUCCAAACUGAAACUAUCUAAAAAUGAUGGUACUUUAUUGGAUGAUCCAAAAUCUUAUAGAACUCUUAUAGGCAGACUUCUUUAUUUAACUGUUACCCGACCUGAUAUCUCUUACAGUGUCCAAACAUUAAGUCAAUUUCUUUCUCAUCCUACUGAUAUUCAUAUGAGUGCAGCACACAGACUUCUUAGAUACUUAAAAAAUUCUCCAGG